GCGCUGUUUUGGGGAGGGCUGGCUCCGUGGCUCGGGCAGACGGACUGACGGCCGGGCGGCUGGCUGCACCCCCGGUGACACUGCAGAAGGUUGAUUGAUGCUGCAUGACCCCAACCACUCCAGGCUGAAGGGAGUGAAGAUUAGCAAGUGCAUGCACCAUCCGGAGGAGGGAGUGGUGCACUCCAGCAGGCCGGGAUAGCACGGGUUCAUCAUCACCUUCAGUUUCUGCAGGGAAGUGUUUGCAGCCACUGCCGUGAGUCUGUUGUGUUUCCUCCCUCCGUCUGUGCUGCCUUGUAGAGUGUGAGGCUACAUUAACAACAACGUGUGAACCCUUGAGGGUUCAGCCAAGUGCUAGUUCGUCAUUUAGCAGUAAGGCAUUCCCUGAGAAAUAUCCCACCUGAUAUCAACAUGCUGCUUUAGGAGAAGUUCAUGAGCAGAUCUGCGGACAACCCUCUGAUUAGUGACUGAACGGAGAUUUGGGGAAAGGGGAGCUGCUGCUAACGUGCAUGAGCAAGAAACAGAAGGGGCUCAAGGAGCUGACAGAGGACAUUGUUCCAGUGACCCUGUGCAAGUCUGUUUUAAAUAUAAUGGUGGAUUGCUUGUUGUGAUUGUACUGUACAGUAUCACCCAGCAUCAUGAGUCAAAAACGCCAAGCAAGUCAUAGUGGAGUGCUUAGUAGUAGCAGUACCACUAGCAGUAAGAAAACCAGGAAAACCAUUAGUUUGGAUACUAAAUUAGAUGUUUUAAGGCAUUUUGAUGCAGGUGAGCGUGCGGUAGACAUUGGCAUCACUCUAGGUCUUACUCCGACCACUGUGAGAACAAUUCGAAGUAAUGCCGACAAGAUCAGGGCUAGUGCUCGGUGUGUAACACCGCUUAGUGCUACUAAAAUAAGUCGAUCAAGAAGUAGUUUGAUGGAAAACAUGGAGCGUCUUCUCUCAGUGUGGAUAGAGGACCAAAACCAGCGGAACAUACCUCUAAGUUUGCCUGUGAUACAAGCUAAGGCAAAAAGUUUGUAUGACAAAUUAAAGAGAGACCAAGGUGAAGGAUCACAGACAGAGAUGUUUAUGGCAAGUCGGGGAUGGUUUGAUCGGUUCAAGAGGCGCUUCCACCUGCACAACAUGAAGAUGUUCGGUGAGGUGGCUAGUGCCGAUACCGCAGCAGCUAAAAAAUUCCCCGAGUAUCUCAAGAAAAUAAUUGAGGAAGGUGGCUAUUCACCUAAGCAAGUCUUCAAUGUCAAUGAAACGAGCCUCUAUUGGAAGAGGAUGCCUGAACGGACUUACAUUUCCCGAGAGGAGAAGACAGCGCCUGGAUUUAAAGCAGCUAAAGACCGCCUAACCUUGCUUCUAGGUGGUAAUGCUGCCGGAGACAUGAAAAUGAAACCGCUGACAGUGUACCAAUUCAAAACACCACGAGCUCUCAAGGGAUAUUCAAAGGAAGACCUUCCAGUCAUUUGGAGAUCCAAUAAGAAGGCAUGGAUAACUGGAGCUAUUUUUUCAGAAUGGCUGACUUUCUAUGCUGUCCCUGCAUGGAAGGAAUACUGUGCCAACGAAAAUCUUGAUUUCAAGAUUUUAUUACUUAUUGAUAAUGCACCAGCUCAUCCAAUCAACCUGGACAACCUGUGCAAAAACGUCAAAGUUGUCUUUCUGCCACCUAACACCACAUCACUCAUCCAGCCCAUGGACCAAGGAGCCAUUGCUGCAUUUAAGGCGUAUUACUUACGCCGUACUUUCGACCAGCUCAUCAGAGGCACUGAUGGAGAAGGCAAGCCUACAAUUCGGCAGUUUUGGCGUGACUACAACAUCCUCAAGUGCAUCAAUAACAUCGGUGAGUCCUGGGCUGAAGUUACUCAGGCAUGCAUGAAUGGUGUGUGGGGGAAGUUGUGGCCUGAAUGUGUCAAUGACGUAAAAGGAUUAAAAGAUGUUGUUCCCGCUAUGAAGAAAGAUAUUCUCAGCUUGGCCAAGAAAGCAGGUUUUGAUGAGGUGGAAGAAGCUGACGUUACACAACUUCUGCAGUCACAUGGAGAAGAGCUAACCAAUGAAGAUCUGAUGCAACUAGACAUGAUGAGAGCAAUGGAAGACGAGGGCCAAGCAGUAAAAGAACCACCAACCCAUCGAAAUUUGACUACCAAACGUCUUUCUGAAGCUUUCCAAAUGAUUGAAGCUGGCUUGCAGAUCCUUAGUGAUAACGAUCCUGACAGGGAACGCAGCUCCAAAGUGAUUAGGGGAGUUGGUCAUCUAAUGACUUGCUAUAAAGAAAUUUACCAAGAAGAAAAAAGGAAACCAAAACAACCAUCUCUAGAUAUGUUUUUUCAAGUUGUGACAGUUAAGGAAGAACAAAAUGAUCUGAUAAUUAUCAUUAUCGAUGAUCACUUUUCUGCUGAUAACGUAUAUUUAUAG